UCAGGAUUGCAGAGCCUCAGUGAGGAGAGCACCUUUCCCUGAUCAUCUGACGGCAGACGGCUCCUCCCCGCUCCCUCCUGUCUGCUACGCAAAGCAGUGGCUCGGGCACAACUCUGCCCGCGUUUCUAUCCACGGGGUUCGUCUACGUGAGCAGGACACCGGAGUCGAGUUCUCCACUUUGAAUAAACAAGGACUGCGUUUCUGCACUGGUGUCGGCUUUCCAGUGAAUCAGUGAUGAGAGUGGCCGAGAGCACAGGCGGACGCUUUUCUCCCGUGCGGACCUGCCGAGCGCAAAAGUGCGCGCCCUGGUUCGGCUUCGUCUCCAUUCUCCGCUCCUGAGAUCAACCCAAAUCCAAAGAGGCGCGUUGAGAUCCCCCACGAACCCCCCUCGUGCGAGAUGUGCCGCAGACUGAUUCGUCCUCCGUCUCCAGUUCAUAUUCAAUGGCAGACAAAGACUGCAUUUCUUAGCAACACUGAGUUCAGAAAGUCAGCUUUGGUCCACAGCUAAGCCACAGCCUUCUUUCUUGCUACUGACUCUUUGCAAGUCUCCACUUCAGUCCAUCACCAUGGCCUGUUUUCUGGCAUCAGCCUUUCUCCUGGUUCUUCAGACAUACGCUGCCCCACCUGAGCUUGUCCAGGCAGGAUUUGGGAUUACACUGGACGCCGUGGACCUGGACACCGGCCUACUAGCAAAUGUCUCUGGAGAUGUAACCACAUCUCCACCCCCAGGAACAAGCAAACGAGCCCCACAUAGUAUCAUUAUUGGGGUACGCAAAGGUGGCACAAGAGCGCUGUUGGAGAUGCUGGACAUACACCCUGAGGUUGCCGCCGCCGCCACCGAGGUGCACUUCUUUGACUGGGAUGAGAACUACGCCAAGGGCUUUGAGUGGUACCGUGAGUUAAUGCCCUACUCUUACCCACACCAGAUCACAAUAGAGAAAACUCCAGGCUAUUUUACUUCAGCCCUUGCACCCGAACGUAUCUGUGCCAUGAACUCUUCCAUUAAGCUGCUGCUGAUCUUGCGAGACCCAGCUGAGCGGGUCAUCUCCGACUACACCCAGGUGUACUUUAACCGGCUGGAGAACCACAAGCCGGUUCAAGCCAUUGAAAACCUGCUAGUACGCAACGGAGCGCUGAAUAUGAGGUACAAGGCCAUUCAGAGGAGCCUGUACGACGUCCACAUGCGCAACUGGCUGCGCCACUUUCCCUUAGAACAGAUACACAUAGUAGACGGUGACGCUCUGAUCCGUGAUCCCCUCCCAGAGCUUCAGAAGGUGGAGCGCUUCCUUAACUUGCCACCCAGGAUAGUAUCCACCAACUUCUACUUCAAUCAGACCAAGGGGUUUUACUGCAUCCGCAGUGAUGGCCGAGAGCGCUGUCUGCACGAGUCUAAGGGACGACCUCAUCCUGCUGUUAACAGCACUGUGCUCCAGCAGCUCCGCUCCUACCUUCAAGAACACAACCGCACCUUCUUCAGGCUGGUGAAGCGCACCUUUGACUGGCAAUAAAAAAAAACCAGCUCGCAUUCUUAACAGAGCCACUAUCUUGUCUGUGACGAGGACAAAAAAAUUUUAAAAAAUGCGGGAGGCUAUGAAGCACUUUAAGGACGUUUAAAAACUUUUGAAUAGCCUCUUAAUAACUACUGUUGUAAUCUCUGGUUUCAGCAGAGGAGUUCUAUAUUUACACGAUAACGGCAAAAAAUGUGAAAAACUGUAACUACAGGCGUAAGAUUAAAAAGAAGAACCUUCAAGCUUAAUAA